AUGCUGUCUUUAGAGAAAAGUACACAGACGGAUCAAGCGGAUCUUCUACCUCGUAAAUUAUUUGGUUUGAGACUGAAGGAUAGUCUCAAGUUUAUAUCCUCAUUACUACUGCCGCUCGUACUUGGUGUCUUCACUCUUGUCAUCACAAUGCAGCAACAGCAAUUAGCUAAACAACAACGUGAACAAGAUCGCGUUUCAGCUGACCGACAGCGUGAGCAAGAUCGCAACUUAUCCGAACUACAACGUGUACAAGAAAAAAACUUGAAUGACGAAAGAUAUCAAAACGAAGUUCUCAAUAAUUAUAUUAAAGAGAUGGCUAAAUCAUUGAAUGAGAACGAUGGCUCCCUUACAAAAAAUGAAGUUACAGCUACUGUUGCUCGAGUAAAAACCCUGAAUAUAUUUCGGCAACUAGACGCAAAACGUAAUAUUCAGAUUAUUAGAUUUCUCUACGAAGCCAAACAACUUGAUAAGUCGCAGGAGAAUGACUCAUUAGAUCUCUCAACGGCAGAAUUGUGUCACAUGGAUUUUCGGGAAUCAGCCAUUAAUAAAAAGAAAUUAAAUAACUUAUCAUUGACUGGUCUCUUUGUAUCGAACGCCACAUUUAUAGGCAUUGAUAUGGAGCACGAUAACUUCUCCCAUACCGUAUUUGAUGUGAUUAACUUUUCAUCUACUCACAUGCGCAAUACUAUAUUUUUAGAUAGUCGAUUGAAAAAUACUAAUUUUUCAUGUAGUCAACUCAACAUCGUUAAUUUAACAUCGGCCAAAUUGGAGAACAUCAACUUUUGCUUCACCAAACUCAAAAAUAUCGAUUUUGUGCAAGUAAUCAUCAAUAAUAGCAGCUUUGAGUUUGCAAUACUUGAAAAUAUCAAUUUCUCAAACACUACACUAGAUAAUCUUAAUUUUUCGUCGACCAAGCUCGUCAAUGUUAAUUUGUCAUCCACUACACUCAACAAUAUCGACUUUACAAAUGCAACACUCAACAAUAUCGACUUUACAAAUACAACACUCAACAAUAUCGACUUUACAAAUGCAACGCUCAAGAAUGUCGAUUUUUCAUUCACCAAACUAAAACGUGUCAACUUUACGAACUCCUCGCUCUUCAAUUGCAACUUUUCCGUCUCUAUACUACUCGAUAUCGACUUCUCAGUUUCUCAACUGGACGGUGUCAAAUUUUUAAAUUCUACACUCUAUAAUGUUAGUUUUUCCAAGGCAUCUCUCUUCAAUGCUGACCUAUCAUUAGCUCACCUCGAAGCAAUACAAUUUUUAUCGACGCAUCUCGAUCAUGCAAACUUUUCUUUCUCAAAGUUGUCGAAUAUUGAAUUCUCAUUUGCACGACUUGAAGAUGGCAAGUUUUUAAAUGCUACACUCUCUGGUGUUCGCUUUUCACAAGCUUCUAUCUUGAAUACUGAUAUGUCAUUAGCGCAACUCGGCACAACACAAUUUCCCUCGGCACAUCUAGAUCAUGUAAACUUUUCAGAUGCUCUACUCACUGAUGUUGGAUUUUCAUCUGCGCUGCUUGCCAACGCCAUAUUAGUGUCCAGCAAGUUCCAUCGAGUUAACUUUUCGUCUGCCGAAAUCGGAUAUGCUGAUUUUUCAUCUGCUUUUUUAGAUGCUAAACAUGCUUCGUUUGUGAGAAGUUCAUUGAGCUACAUCGAUUUUUCCGAUGCCAACUUCUAUAAGGCAAAUUUUACUGGUGCUAAUAUUACAGAAAGUCAAUUCGAAAGUGCUCUCUCUAUUCAAGAUGCUACGCUACCUAAUGGAACACUUGCCCAUGAUAUGAACUUGAUUGAGAAUGGCCAAGCUGAUUGUAAUAUUAAUCUUACGCUAAGUUGGACAUUAAAAAAUGACGAUGUAUUCACGGUAUCGUCUGACAAGGAUAAUUAUAACUGCAAAUUCACCUUAAAACCAAAUCGUACUAGGGCUACUAUAUCUCAGCGAGUCAACCUAUCAAACAAGUGGAGCUUGACAUUUUGGCCGAACUCCCAUGUCGUAUUAAGUGCAAGUAUGAGCAUCGGUGUAUCGAUUCAACUGAGAGUGAUCAGUAGCAUUGGGCCAGUUUGGACUGUGGGAAAGCUGAGUAAGUUUUAG